AAAUAUGAAAAUAAGCCAAAAGGGAAGAGACCCUAAGUUGGCCUUGCCGCAUUGCUACUAAUGGAAGAAACGUCUCCGAGUGCAUAAUCUCCAACCCUAGAGAGCAUUUCCUGAAGUACAACCCAACCUUCAGGGAUUUUUCUUGGUGAUCUCCCUUCUUUCUAAGAAAAAGUGGGUUGUACUCCUAAAUUCCAAAUCUCAAAGCGUGCUAUAAAUUUGACUCAUUCUCCCUCUUUCUCCUCUCAUCUCUUCUGCUUCAACAAAACACUCUCUCUCUCAUACCAAGGCUCUCUCUCUCCAUCUCUCUUUAUCAUGGCUCGCUUUGUACCCAUCUUGGCUAUGUCUUUCCUUGCUCUGUUGCUCAUUGCUGAGUGUGGGCUAGCACUACAACCGCAAGAGGUGACUGAAGGCUCCCUCCCCACAGGCACCAUGGAUUGUGAAAAAGCAUGCUCAGGCAGGUGCAGAUUAUCUUCGAGGCCGCACCUUUGCAAGAGGGCUUGCGGCACGUGCUGUGCGAGGUGUAAUUGUGUGCCCCCAGGGACUUCUGGCAACCAAAAAGUGUGCCCAUGUUAUUAUAACAUGAAGACUCAUGGGAAUAAACGCAAGUGUCCUUAAAUUUAUUAUCACUGUGCUCCCUAUCUCUUCAAUCUCUCCCUUCUUUCUUCUUGGGCAAGCUCAAUGCUUUUGAGAUGAUUUAGGUUUCCAUGUCAAUCUCUCUCUUCGUUCCUACACAGGCUCAGCUUAUGCUUUAGAGUUGCGCUCUAUUUUUUUAUUUGUUUAUGUGUAGAUAUAGGAGCUACUCCAACUCUAUUCUAUAGAUUUGGUUGCACUUUCAUGUGUCUAUGUACAUAUAUGAGUGAAUAAAUGGCAUGGAUUUAAAAAAUAAC